AUGCAGCCUGUUACAAUAACUCUUCUAGCGGUUCUCAUACCGACUUUGUUGGCGAUUCUGCUUCUCACUAGCCUCUCGGUAUAUCUCUACCUUCGCCUCAAAAGUGUAGCAAAGGUUCCUGUCGCAGAUGUGAGCCACCAUGUUGAAGAAGUAGUGAAAGUACUUGAUGAACCGAUUAGGCAAAUGCGAGAACUGCCGCCAGUCAUACUAGAAUCGGUACACCCAACCUUCUUAGGCCGCGUUUUGACCGAGCACAGGCCUUUCGAGGGCGAUCCGCAGAUCGAAGGAGAUUUACGCGGCUUCGGUGUAUUCUGGGUCUUCAAUUUUCACACCUUCAAAAAACCUUAUGACUAUAUUAAGAACAUGAAGUGGGAUGGCGCCGAAUUAGGCCAGAUCCUGUCAGAUCUCGGAUACCAGGCAAUGCCCGUGGCUUCAUUUUGGCGCCUCUUCGAAGAUACUCGUACCAGACGUGUGCUCUUGGAGCAUUUGCUUUCGCAGCUUUUAUUUCAAAAAACAUCUCUCGACGUGGAGCCUGAGAAUUCUUUCCUCCCGCUCACACCCGUGCAACAUCGCGACUUGGCAUCAUACUUUAGCAGCCUUGAGAAAACAAGAUUCUCCCCUGAAUUUGCCACAGAAGUCGGCAAGCUACCGUUUACUAUCGCCCAUGCUGAUAACUGGCCACAAGCGAACUACGACAGCGUUCUCGAGAAGCUCGGCAAACUGUACCUCAAAACGUUGUAUCAUACUAACUGGGAACUUUUCGCUCAAGACUACCUCCUGCAACUUUUUGAUCAGUACGUUUACGCCAGGCUCCGAUUAUUCGCUCAAUUCCAAAAGUACGAGGUGAAGUUCCUGGAAAGUUCGGAAACGAGGUUUUAUACGACUCCGGAGGUGUGGGAAUACCAGGAUGAUGAUGGUCAGAUUCUGCAGGAGAAAAGAGUUCGGGAGCAUGCCCAUGGGUAUAGAAUUGAUGAGACUGGAGAUUACCACCGGUUUUAA